CAUAUUUACCCUUUCAGAAAAGGAUGCACCUAGUGCCCCUGUGCAAUUUGCUUGGCAAAAAACAUUAGGAAACUUCAUUGCUGUUACAGGAUACAGCCACACUGUAAAAAUCUUUGAUCGCCAUGGUCAAAAGAAAAAUGAAAUUAUCUUACCAGGGAAUUGCAUCGCUAUGGAUUGGGAUCAAGAUGGAGAUACUCUAGCAAUUAUUGCUGAUAAAUCCAGUGCUAUUUAUCUGUGGGAUGCCAACACAAACAAAACCAGCUUGAUGGAUACUAGCAUGAGGGAACCAAUGUCUUUCUUACGUUGGUCAAAAGCUGAAGCCUUACUAGCUGCUGGAACAGCUAAAGGAAAUGUACUAAUAUAUAAUCGCCAAACUUCUCGCAAGAUUCCUAUCCUUGGAAAGCACACCAAACGGAUCACUUGUGGUUGUUGGAGCAAUGGGAAAUUUAUAGCAUUAGGCGGUGAAGACAAAUUAAUAACAAUUAGCAACCAUGAAGGCGACACUAUCAGAGUGACAGCAGUGAGAGGAGAACCCAGUGAUAUGGAGUUUAUAGUGAUGAAGACUGAUGACAGAACAGGAGGAAAUGAGACCACAGUAUGCAUUGUAGUUGCACAAAAAACAUUAUAUUUUUAUAACUUCAAAGAUCCAGAUAACCCAAUUGAACUAGCAUUUCAACAACGUUAUGGCAACAUUGUGUCUUACAAAUUGUAUGGCGAAAAUUAUAUCAUGAUUGGUUUUUCACUUGGCUAUUUUGUGGUGAUUUCAACACAUGUUCAAGAGAUUGGCCAUGAGAUCUUCCAAGCUUCUGAUCAUAAAGAUUACCUGACCAGCAUUGCAAUAUCUGAAUCAUUAAACAAAGCUGCAUCAUGUGGAGAUAACUGCAUCAAGAUUCACGACUUGUCCGAUCUGAAUGAAAUGUACGCAAUCAUAAACUUAGAGGAUGAAAAUAAAGGUCUAGACCAGCUGUCGUGGACAGAUGACGGGCAGUUGCUGGCAGUGUCUACCAAGCGAGGACUUAUCCAUGUGUUCCUAACAAACCUUCCCAUCCUUGGAGACUCGUACAGCACACGGAUCGCGUAUCUCACCUCCCUUCUCGAAGUCACCGUGGCCAACCAGAUUGAAAGUGAACUACCAAUUACAGUUUCUGUGGAAGUUGAGCCCAACUUUGUUGCGGUGGGUCAUUAUCACUUGGCUGUGGGCAUGAAUAAUCGUGCAUGGUUUUAUGUUCUUGGAGAGAGCAGUGUAAAAAAGCUCAAGGACAUGGAAUAUCUGGGAACAGUAGCCAGUAUGUGUCUUAAUUCUGAUUAUGCCGCUGCACUUUUUGACGGUAAAGUUCAGUUGCAUAUGAUAGAAAGUGAACGUUCAAAUACUCAGGAAGAACGGGAGACUAGACUCUUCCCAGAUACAGAUGAUAAAAGUAAAAUUUUGUGCCACUCUUUAACUAGUGAGUUCCUCAUCUAUGGUACUGAUAUUGGCAUUAUUCGAUAUUUUUACAUUGAAGACUGGCAGUAUGUCAAUGAGUAUCGGCAUUCUGUUGGUGUGAGAAAAAUCUUCCCAGAUCCCAAUGGAUCCAAAUUAGUUUUUGUUGAUGAAAAAAGUGAUGGUUUUGUUUACUGUCCUAUAACUGAUAUUGCCAUUGAAAUUCCAAAUUUCCAACCAACCAUCAAGAGCAUUCUGUGGGAAAACUGGCCACUGGAUAAGGGUGUAUUCGUUGCCUAUGAUGAUGACAAAAUAUACACUUAUGUAUUUCAUAAUGAUACCAUACAAGGGUCUAAGGUGAUCUUGGCAGGAGCUACCAAAGUUCCUUAUGCACAUAAACCGUUGCUCUUAUAUAACGGAGAGUUAACCUGUCAGACCCACAGUGGGAAAACCAGCAAUAUCCUCCUUAAUACUCAUAGCUUCCUUGGCACUUUGAAAGACCUGGGGUGUAAUGAGCUGAAACAAAUGCUAACUCAGACUUUAAUUUUGAAAAGAUUUUCAGAGGCUUGGGAGAUAUGCAAACGUUUGAACAAUCAGUCAAGCUGGAACGAGGUAGCCAGAGCCUGCUUACAUCACAUGGAAUUAGAAUUUGCAAUACGGGUAUAUAGGACGAUCAAAAAUGUUGGAAUGGUCAUGUCAUUAGAACAAAUAAAGGGCAUAGAAGAUCACAGUCUUUUAGCAGGACAUCUUGCCAUGUACACCAAUAACUUUAAUUUAGCUCAGGAUUUAUAUCUGGCAUCUUCUUGUCCUGCUGCUGCACUUGAGAUGAGAAAAGAUUUGCAACACUGGGAUAGUGCACUUCAGCUAGCUAAACGUUUGGCACCAGAUCACAUACCCUUCAUAUCAAAGGAGUACGCUGUGCAGCUGGAAUUCACGGGUGAUUAUGUGAAUGCUUUGGCACAUUAUGAAAAAGGAAUUACAGGCAACAAUAAGUUCCAAGAACAUGAUGAGGCAUGCCUAGCCGGAGUGGCACAGAUGUCCAUUCGCAUGGGGGACAUUCGGCGUGGUAUUAACCAGGCCAUCAAGCAUCCCAGCAGAAUAUUAAAGAAAGAUUGUGGAGCUAUUCUGGAGAGCAUGAAGCAAUUUUCAGAAGCUGCCCAGCUUUAUGAAAAAGGACAAUAUUUUGACAAAGCAGCAUCAGUAUACAUACGUUGCAAAAACUGGGCAAAAGUUGGUGAGCUUCUUCCUCAUGUGUCUUCUCCAAAAAUACAUCUUCAGUAUGCCAAAGCAAAGGAAGCAGAUGGCAGAUACAAAGAAGCUGUUUUGGCCUAUGAAAAUGCUAAACAGUGGGACAACGUUAUCCGGUUGUAUUUGGAUCACCUGAACAAUCCAGAAAAAGCUGUUACCAUUGUGCGGGAAACACAGUCUCUUGAAGGUGCCAAGAUGGUAGCCAGGUUCUUUCUGCAGCUGGGUGAUUAUGGGUCUGCCAUCCAGUUUCUGGUGAUGUCCAAAUGUAACAACGAAGCUUUCUCCCUGGCUCAGCAGCACAAUAAGAUGGAGAUCUAUGCAGACAUCAUCAGUUCUGAGGAAACUACUAAUGAUGAUUACCAAAGUAUUGCCUUAUAUUUUGAGGGAGAAAAGAAACAUUUUCAGGCUGGCAAAUUCUUCCUUCUCUGUGGUCAAUAUGCCCGGGCACUGAAACACUUUCUGAAAAGUCCAAAUACAGAGGAUAAUAUGGCUAUAGAGAUGGCAAUAGAGACGGUGGGCCAGGCGAAAGAUGAAGCUCUGACAAACCAGCUGAUAAAUUUCCUUAUGGGCGAGAAUGAUGGUAUACCAAAGGAAGCCAAGUAUCUGUUUCGACUGUACAUGGCACUAAAGCAAUAUCGAGAAGCUGCUCGGACAGCCAUCAUCAUUGCUCGAGAAGAACAGUGUGCAGGGAAUUAUCGAAAUGCCCAUGAUGUUCUCUUCAGUAUGUAUUCAGAAUUAAAAAUCCAGAAAAUUAAAAUACCCUCUGAGAUGGCUACAAACCUUAUGAUUCUACACAGUUACAUUUUAGUAAAGAUUCAUGUUAAAUGUGGUGACCAUAUGAAGGGAGCACGUAUGCUUAUUCGCGUUGCUAACAAUAUCAGCAAGUUUCCAUCCCAUAUUGUGCCCAUCCUGACCUCAACAGUAAUUGAAUGUCAUAGAGCAGGACUGAAAAAAUCAGCCUUUGGUUUUGCUGCCAUGCUGAUGAGACCAGAGUAUCGGAAUAAAAUUGAUCUGAAAUACAAAAAGAAAAUUGAAGCAAUGGUCCGACGGCCUGACACAUCAGAAGGUGAAGAACCAACCUCGCCAUGUCCAUAUUGUGAAUUCAUGCUCCCUGAAUGUGAACUUCUUUGCCCAGGCUGUAAGAACAACCUCCCAUAUUGCAUUGCAACUGGACGACAUAUGGUUAGAGAUGACUGGACUCUGUGCCCCCACUGUGAGUUCCCUGCACUCUAUUCAGAGUUCAAAAAUUUGUUGCAGAAUGAAAACAUAUGUCCCAUGUGUUCAGAAAAAGUUGAUGCCAUCAGCCUUAAGAAAACGGCUGAUUGCACACCAUACCUCAAGCCUGAAGUGGAGCAAUAAUUUUAAUCAAGAGAUACUAGCCGGUCAAAUGCUGCAAUAGUAAAAGAAGCUUCAAAGUUUAAGCUGAAUUGUUAUUACACUUGAAACUAUUUCAACGUUACCAAAUCUGUUUUAAUUAUGAAUCUGUAAAUAUCUUUUAUAAAAAUUUUAUACUCUGACCUUUUCUGUUUACAAUAAAAUUUGGAAGCUCAAAUUAGAUUCUCCACUUAUUAUUUCUGACACAGAACUGCUAAUCUGCUUCUUGUCAUUUUGCUCCACUUACUGAUGCACGUAAGUGCUUUUGUGAUAUUGUUUUUAAUUAUAUAUUUCCUACAACCAUGCUCCAUGAUAAAUUAUAGAAACAAAUUCUCAACAGAGACCAGAGCUACCAGAGUAAAAUGUCAGAUAGACUAUCCAGGCAGACAGCUUUCAUGUGCCAUUUAGAGGUGAAGAAAGUUUUUCUCUUCUCAUGCUCAUCUUGUAUAUUCAUGUACAUUUUUUAAAAAAUGCUUCUGUUAAGUGUCAGCUAUAUAGUAAGAACUGAAUAGUGAAUGUUGCUCCUUUAGACUGGAAACAUUGCUGUGAGCUCUUGAAUCCUGUUUCAUGAAAAAGGGAAAGGUUAGAAUGUUGAGUUUUAAACGCAGUCUCAGAUUCUCAGAAAUGAACUUUGGAUUUCCACGAAGUUUAUUCCUCUACUAUGGAUGGAGAGUAUUCUUAGCUGGGUUGGUCUUUCUACCACUUCAGCAAGCAGGACCAAUUAAUUUUCUUUUUUUAAUUACCUAGGAGCAAUGAAGAACAGCCUACUGGCCAGUUAAGGAACAAAUGGUAUUAGAAAAGAGUUCUGUAUGUGUGCUAUAGAUAGGUGUAAACAUUGAUGUUGAUGACCUGUCCUGGUGCCUGGAAGCUGUGGGAUUCUGGAUGGGGAACAACAGGCUUUAAACUGAACCCUGGUAAGACUGACUGGGUUUGGGUUUAGGGCCUUCUGAUUCUGGGACUCUGCCAUCUUUGGUACUGGAUGGGGUCGCACUGCCCCAAACAGACCCGCUGUCCAAUCUGGGGGUCCUUCUGGACUAACGAUUCCUGCUUGAGGAGCAGGUGGCAGUCAUGGUCAGGAAGGCCUUUGGACAACUUUGUGCUGUGCGUCAGUUGCACCCAUUCCUGGAUCAUGAGGCUCUGCUCAGUUACUCAUGCCCUGGUCAUCUCCUGAAUGG